CUACUUCGCGACAUAGAAGAAGGGUCUGAGAUGGGAACACAGUGGGAGAUAAGGAAGCUGUGAGCUCCGCUGCCAGCGGGGGAUGCAGCUCAGAGAACAAGAACAGUUAUUAUCCCUGCUGGGGACGGGGUCUGGACCGGAGCGAGAGCCCACCAGAACACAAAUCACCCUUGGACCAGGCGGCCAGAAGCGAGCACCUAAGCGGGGAGAACAGCAAAGGUUCAAUAACAGAAGUGCAGAAGUGAAACAAGACAAAACUGAAUGGAGACCAUCUUUCCGGGAAUACCGUUCCUAUGAAGCAGACGGACGAGUGGAAUUCACAGUGGAAAGACCGAUUGAAAGAUUAGACCGUGAAGGGCCAUUAAGAGGUUGUGGCGGAGGAAGAGGUGGAAUGCGAGGUAGAGGAAGAGGUGGUGGAAUAAACAGAAGUUUCAAUGGUUUUGACCAAAGAGGAAAACGGGGAUUUGAAAGACAAAGUGGGAACGUUAAAAUAGGGAUGAAAGCAGAUGACAAAAAGGGUGGAGGUGAAGCUCCCAACUGGGUAACAAUUAAAGAUGAUACAAGUGGGAUGGAACAGACUGCUCCUAUGGAAGAGACUGCAGAAAGAGCUGAGCAGCCAGGGGCAUCUGAAGGAGACCCUCUGAACAAAACUGCUGAAGGAGAGCCUAUGGAAGAAGUAAUUCAAGAAAUGACGUUAGAUGAGUGGAAAAAUCUUCAGCAACAGAAUCGACCAAAGGCUGAAUUCAACAUCCGGAAGCCAGAAUCCACUGUUCCCUCCAAAGCAGUGGUGAUUCACAAGUCAAAAUACAGGGAUGAUUUGCAAAAAGAAUUUGAAGAUGAUUCUCACGUCUUUCGAAGACCAGCGAAUGAUAUAACAUCUCAGCUGGAUAUUAAUUUUGGGAGUCUUCCUCGCCCUGGUGGUGGAUCAAGAGGAGCACAAGGCAGUCGUGGUCAUAGCAAACGAGCUGAGGAAACAGGACCUCGACCAGAAGUAGUGGUGCAGCUUGUUGCUCCAGAUCCUGAUGAUCCUGAGGAUUUUCCAGCUUUAGCUUGAGGAACUGUCAUGAAUGGUGAUACCUCAAACUGGCUUUGGCGUAGCUGUGAAGAGACCAGUUUUAUGCUGGUGUGGAUAAAGAAAGUCUGUUUCUACUGGAAAAGCUGUUUGGGUGUUUGGUGGGGGAUGGUAGCAGCCAUCUGCUAAUGGAGUUGGGUUCUGGAGAUACCAGUGGUCCUGGAUCCUGUCAGAGGUCCUGGUGUCUGCCUCCUUUUGUGAAAAGUGAGUGAGAGCUUAGAGUAUUUCAUUACAAAGAUUCAGAUGAAGUUCAACAGUCCAGUGUUUAAAAAUAUGUAUAUAGAGAUUAUGUCAAGUUAUCCUCGACACCAUGGUGAAAAGUAAACUGUCCAACAUGAUCUGCAGUUGGGACCCUGUUUCACUGCAUAUUUGAAUGCUCCUUUGAGUGAAGUGUGUAUUUUACACAGUCACAAGUUACAGUUCUUUAUAGAGUUUGACAAGUAAAGGAAAGUGCUCAUUGA